CAUGGGAAAAAAAUCUGGAUACUGAAGCGGAGGGAGUUUCGAAAUAUUUCAAGAUUAGCAUCGGUAUAACACGUAAUCUCAUAGUUAUAUUAACACUUCCGGGACCAAAUGAUGUGAGCAUUUGAACAAUUGACUACCCAAUAAUUGGAUAUCCUUAGCUGAUAUCACAUCUCGAUGAACCCCUCCUGAGUGCAUAAUAAAAAGGAAGAACUAAUGCUGUCAUCCAAACAUGGAUCUGAAGUUGGAGGUUGUUUUGUCAUCAAGCAUCAAACGGAAGAAACCAUGGCCCCGAUUCUGUUGGCUUGGGAAGGAGAAGGAGUCAGUGUUCCUGUUAGAUGACAGGCGGAUCAGUGAGAUCAACAUGGUGUCUGGUCGCACCAAGAAGAGGACUCCUAAACUCCAUCCUUUGCUCAACAGUGUGGUGACAAUGGCUUCAUCCCACAAUGGUAUGUGGCUUUGUGGACUUUUGGUCUCAGGAGAGCUUUUUCUGUGGAACAGGGACAAAGACUUGUUGAAGACCGCUGCAGCAGUCCCGGAAGUAGUUCAAAUGAUUACUGCCGUUCAAGGGAAUGCUAUGAGACUGUCGCUCCAGGUUUCAGGUGAUGGGAUGCGUGUGGUCCUGGUAGCCAUAACAGGGCAAGUGUUCUUGUGGGAGUGCAUGGAUGUAAGGGAUUUAAUGGGGCUACGAGAUGGCACAGUCAAGGGACACUGGGCACAUAUACAGCCCCUUGAAGACUCCAUUCUGCCUUCCUCACGAGACAAAGAAGCAUCCCAACACACUGUUUUCAUUAAGACGGAGGUGAUGGGCGAUGCAUGCUUAUCAGCCUUUGUUUUCACAUCUGAGAAGAAGCUGAUCAUCACCUGCCUGAAAAUUAAAUGGGAAGAAGCCCCUGUGAGAGUUGGUUCUGUGGGAUACAGCAUCCAGUGGGCCACAAAGACAUACCCCAUGUCUGGUCUAACCCCGCCCUGCCAACCAGUGAAGUCCAGAGGGGCCUUGGUGCCAGCCUUCUCCCCAGAUGGCUGCCUGUUAGCUAUUGUCCUGAACCAGAGACAGCCUAAGGCCACACAGGUCCUCUUUGUGAGCACACAGAAUUUUGUCUCAACAUCAAGUGGCCUCGGAGGAUGUGGAAGUAAGAAAAUGGAGAUCCCCUCCAAAUACAUAAGAUCCUACUGGGUGGGCAGUGUGAGUUGGUCACCAGGUGGUCUUUUCCUGGCCUGUGUUCUGAAGAGAGGCUCCCUUCUUAUGCUGACUCGCCUUGGGGGGCUUAUCACUCUAAGGACCUCUGGUUGCAGCGUUGACUUUGGGCCGGCGCACUUCCUACCCCUGCACCCUCUCGUCACUUACCGGGCCCCCAUGUCUGCAGGGAAGGGGGAGGCGUCUCUGUCCAGCUCUAGCUUGUCAGUGCGGGACGUCCUGAGACAGCGGUACUCGGUGACCUGGCAUCCACGGCUUUUCUAUCUCAUUGUGUCAGAUGGCUACAUGGCCACAGUUAUGAGGGUGUUGGAUAGGCCUUCUCCUGCCCUGGUGCUGAAAACACUUCUUAAAGACACAAGCACGGACUUGGAAAAGGCCAGCCGGAUACUGGAUAAAUCACAGAUUCACGUGAGGGCCUGGUUGGAGUCCCUAUCUUGUCUAAACCUUGACAGCAGCCUUAUUACACGUGGGCCCAACACUGCAGACUCGGUCAUUUCAGCAGCCACAGUUGGAUCUACUCUGCCACUUUUCCUGCAGGAUCAGGGGACAUUGGGUGGUACCAAGGAACUUCUUGAAAAAGUACAGACUUUCUUUGAGGAUGACUCUGAUGUAGACGGACCUCCUGCUGGUUCUCACAUGGAGGAUGGUGGCCGUCUGGAGUUUGCCUCAAUGUUUGACACACUCCAUGCCCUGGACACACAGACUGACACUGGACUUGUUACUAUCCCAGAUUAUGAAAAUGAUUCUGGUGAAACAGAGAGGAAGACCCCUGUUAUUCAACGCAAACUUGGAAAAAUCCAGACUAAACUGUUAACAGCUUGGGCACUUGGCAUGUCUUUUGGUAAUGCUGUGGAAAACAGAACUCGUCUGCUGAAGCAUACCCUCUACUGUGUGGUGCGAUUUGCUGCUUUACUCCAUUUGAUGCCCAGCCCUGUGAACACAGGGAGAAAGAAUAUCUUGGUUUCUACCCGCCUUCUGCACCUUCUCAAGGCCCUUCUGUCAUUUCUUCCCUGGGAUAGCACUCACUCUGAUGGGCCGUCCUGCCUGGGGCUGGUGGUGGAGCUCAGUAAACGGCUGAUACGCCUCCAGCUGACUCCUCGUCCUGAGUCCCACCAGACAGGUCACUGUCAGUUGUCAUCUCAUAGUCUAUCCUCUGUCCUGAGUAUCUUGCAGCUGGUCUCGGAUUCUCUUGACACCACCUACAGCCUGCAGCAAAGAGCUGUCUGGUCCUCUGCAGAGAAGGAAUCUCUUUCCCAGCCACCACAGCUCUGGCCUACAGAUGCACACUAUGUGUCUCUGCUACAGGAUGAGAAAAAGGAGAAUUCCCAUGUUGAGCAUCAGGCACGACCUGUUCCCCAGCGACCAUCCAGCAGAUUGUUGAGGGUGUGGCAGUGGGUCUACAAGAUCACCCAGCAGUAUAUGGAUGAACUGAAAAGCUUUAAAGGCUGUGAUGGCUGGGAGGAGGAACAGCAACAGUUGUCUGUCAUCAUGUCCCAGAUCCAAACCGCUCUGCAGGCUACAGGAGAACGGCUAGAGGAGGGUCCUUCACUGCUGAGUUACCCAGGUGAACGUCUUUUCUUGUGUGGCUCGUACCCAAAAAGUGCAGAUGUAUGGCGGUCACAAAUCUGUGAGGAGAGUAACAUGAGCUGUGAUCGUAGUGUCUUCAAAGAGACACGUCUCUGUCUGGCACUCCUCUACAGUCUGUUAUCCCAGUACCGUCUGAGAGAAAGCCAGGAGUUGGGGGACCACAUGGCCCGCCUCAUCCUGCACAGGGCCGGACACCAGACGGACAACAUGACCUGCAUAACAGCUGACUCUUUUCCUUGCCCCUGGCUGCCGAUGGACCUCCAAAGUGACGCAGCUUGUGCUGUGGUUCAGACCCUGGGGAGAUUCAUGGCCUCUUACUUCACCAACCAACCACUCUACAUCCUGCCCCCUCACAAUGUGGCCACCUUGCCUCCACUACAUCUACCUCAUGCUCCUAGUGUUGGCCGCUUGGUGCCACUGUGCCAAGAGGAGGUGUCUAGAGCAGUGCGACAACAGCAGCUGUCAGAAGUAUGGACAGUGGACUAUGCUCAGGACCUGCUGCUGUUAGGGGGCCUGCUUCCUGAGACUGUGUGGUUGGCUUAUCAUCUUGGGGACUGGAAGACGGCGGCCUCUCUCAGCCUGGCAUAUACAAAUUACUGCACAGACUACUUCAACUUUACUGGGCUCAGGAGGAUAGAGCUCCACCUCCCGACAGCUUUGGAACCAGAGAGCAUUUUUGAGGUUGAGUUGGAGUUACUCCUUGGCAAUAAAUCUGACUUCCUGGAGUGCAGAGAUAAAGAUGGGGACAAGAGCUUUACAGACCCUUCGGAAGGAGAAGACUGGGACUUGUUACAGGUUUCCAUCCAGGAGAUUCUGAAGGCUUCAGUCAUGGCUGGAGUGAAUGUCAUGUCUUCACCAUUGUCUUCCUUGCUGGACACAGUCAAAGACCUGUGUUCUUGCCUGCCUAUCUUGGUGCCCAGCGGACUAUAUCUGCCCUCCCCUCCUCUUUAUUGCCCCCAGCCUUCCGCCAACACACAGGACCCAAUAGGCACAAUAGGGCAGUUUACGGAAGUUGCAUCACGUCACAAAGUGUCUGGAGUUCUCCAAAGAUUACUGCUACUUCUGAGGUCUGCACGUUGUUGCCAUCCUGCUGCUCAGUGGUACAUCAGCCAUCUACGCCGUGCCAAACACAUACUACACAAGAUCAAGAAGAAGUACGCCUAUCAAUCAGCCGCUGAAGAAGAAAAGGCUUUCCCAGAGGGCCUGACGAAGUUCAUCAGCCGUAGUGGAUUCUUCAGACAGGGGCCGAACAAAGACGGUCACCUGGACCCUGACACCAUUCAAACUAUAAUCUGUUUCAGGGAGCUGUGUGCUUUGUGCUGGAUGCUUCAUGUCAGGGAUCAGCUCUCCAUUUCCUGCAGGAAGUAUCAGGCUGCCAGACAGCAUGGUAGAGAAGAACAGAUCUCCGGUGGUUCAGAAGUGAGAUCGACCUGUGUUGAUGCUCUCCGUUGGGCCGUUCGUUUCUUGCCUUUCUCUUGCUUCCUCAAUGCUGAGGAGAUCCUCCAGGACUUACUGCUCAGCCUUGUGUCUGAACUUCCUCCUCUCUCUCUGGUGGCAGAUACACUGGUACGAGCCUUCCCAGAGGAGGAAGAGUCUGUCAGAGUCCCUCUGAGAGAAAAGUAUAACUCACUGCUGCAGAAACUGAGGAGAUGCAAUGUCCUUGAGGGGGAAAAAGAGGAGGUGGGCGAGUUGAUGAUAAUUGUGAUCCAAGACAAAUUCAGGCAGAGGAGGAAACAUCUUGGGCGUUUGAAGAGGCACCUGGCCCCCCUUGAGCUCCAUCUGUGGGAGAAAGUGGAGGAGCAGGAUGACAGGGGAAGCAAACAUGGGAUGGCCAUGUUGAGACAACUCUCACUGGGUACCAGUCUGAGCACCAGCACCUUAACUGACUUUGGGUUUCCCUUAGUGUACAGCGAUGGAGACACAGUGGAUAACACAUCUGAGGCUAUCUCUCCUGAAAUGCAUAGCAGAACCACAACAAGGGGCAAAAAAGCUAAAUUAACGGACAGAGAACGUGCCAAGAAGACUGCUGUUAAGACCAAAAAUACCGUCAUUCAGAAGGAGAGUCAGCCAGGCGAUGCCAAGGAGAACGAGCAGCCCUCCCUACCAGUGGUUGGAGCCUGGGAGUUUGAGUUGGAAGAUGAAGAGUAUCUAAAUUUCCUGGAGCUCUUCCUCAGCUACAUGCUAGAGAAGGAUAGUGCUGAUGGAGGCGAUGCAGGUGGUGAACUUCCGUUGUUGAAGGGCUUCUCCUCACAGCUGAGGGAGAGGGAGUUGCAUUCUCUCACCUUUGAUGUGCUCACAACUAUUCAUCGCCGUCAAAGAGACGUGCACCAUCCAGCAAGGAAACACUUGGGCAAUGAUCCUCCAGUGUUCAGAGCCGGCUGCUGCUACAAGCCCGUGAAACAAGGUCAAACAUCGGAUCUGCAAGCUUCCUCUGCCUGGAGUGAAGCCCCCGUAUCCAGAGCUAGCCUCUCUGUCACCUCUCUUCCUGGGCUGAGAACUGGCAGGCAAAAAGGUUUGUUUGGCCUCCGAAAGCAGAGGCCUUUAGGCCAAAGAAUGAAGGGGGGGCUCUUUAGUUCUGAAACUAGCCCUACUAGAAGUGCCUUUCCAACAGAGCAGCCUUCAGAGAACUUGAUGUUUGGCUCCUCGACGUCUGUGGAGGCCGUGAUUGAACUACAGCAGGGCCUGGGUCCUGAACUAGAGGCUCAGUUUCCAGAGCUGGGCAGGCUGCUGGAGUGGAUGGUGCGCUGGGCUGAUAGGAGGGCGCUACUAGGACAUCAUGGCAAAAAGAAGAAAGAGAGGGGAGGAGGGGCUGGAGGAACAGCUGAUGAAGGAGUAGUGAUCCGUGUCAAAGCCUCUGCGCCCGCCGUCCUUACAUCCCUCAACUUGAUGGAGCGCAGAUACACUUCCCUACUCGGGACAGACCGCUACAGUGCCCACAUCCAAGUUCCAACACAGUGGACUGUAGCGCCUGUGUUUCUGGAACCUGAGGGGGAUGGGAAGCUGGAGAGGGAGAGCAGUGUUGAUACUGGUUACCCUGGAUCAGCCAACACUCCCAUCAUUGGUCUUGAUUGCAAUCUACAGCAAGGAGAGCUGUCCAUUGGUUCUCACACAGAUGAACCAGCGGAACAGACAUUUCACAGCACGCCUUUCUCUAAUGACCAAGAUCAACUCACCUUUGAUGCUCAGCAGAGACAAUCCAGCUCACAACAACCAUCUCACGAUGACUUAGAUGUUACACCUGAAAAAGAAGGCAAAAUAAGUGACAGUGAGGGCUUGGAAGUGUCGUCCUCUGUUUCCAAUGGGAACAUCUCUGCAAACAUCCGCACACCUGAAACGAGUUUGAAGCUUGCAGACCUGGACUUUUCAGAAAGUGCUGAAGACAUGUCCAGCUCCACCUCUCUACAAAGUCAUGCUGAAAGCCUUCAAGACCCCUCAUACCAAGAGCCCCAGGCAUCUCCCACUGUCCCGCCUGAGGCAGAGGUCCAUGAAGAUCCUUUUGGUUCAAUUGGAGUGCUGCUCACCAACACACAUGUGGCUCCUCCAAACCUCCCCCCACAAAGCUCCACAGCCGGAGCAACCACUGCGGAUUCUACAGCCCCCAGUCAGCCAUUAUCCAAUCAGACUCCACCAAUGCGACAGCGUCUGGGUGAAGACUUAAUCAGACUGGUUCAGAAUAUCAACUACAUGAGUCUGAUGGAGGUUUUGGGAGCUUCGUUUACAAACCUACAACUUGCCCAGCAGAGCUCUUCUUUGGCCCAGUCUAAUGUGCCAUCAUCUAAUGCUACCAAAUUCAUCCCUCAACCAAAUCCCUUCCCCGUUCAAACCACCAUUACUUUGCCGUCUCAGACACAAGCAUGUUUGCCAAAUUCAAGAUACAACAACCCUCCGUCCAGUCAGGCCCCUGCAGGUAUGGUUGCAGACCAGCCUGCUUUACAAAGCUCCGGGAAAACCUCUCCAACAGGCAGCCAGCAUCACACCACCAGGAAUCUACCCUCCACUGCCAAUGGUGCAGGUGCAAGUCAUCAGGACAUGGAGCCACUCUCUGUCCAGGCGGUGUCACCAGAAAUCCACUUUAGCGAGAACAAGAGGUUGAUCCCACCCUCACAGGGGCUUCUGGCCACUACUCACACCAGUCAUGCUACCCACAAUGCCCCUGUAUUACUUCCUUCUAAUAAUAGCAAACAAAGUGAUCCUGCUCCUCAGGUCUUGGGCCUGAAGUUACUUCAGCUUCACUGUCCUCCGUUGCCUCAGCAGAUCGCCCCACAUCAUCCCCAAUGCCCCCCGGCGCUCCAUGCUGCAAACCCUGCAGCUAUGGAAUCCCAUAAACACAAACUUAAAUACAAUGAGCAAUCCCGCUCGGUUCCAAAAAGACAACUUCAUUUUAAUCCUCCGCAUGAUCCAACUCCCAGGCCCUCUCAACCCAAGAGUCAGACCUGGGAGAGAUCCAGGGAUCAAGGGUUCUCCCUGCUUCCUCCUGCUCACACACCUGAACCAAUGCAGGGCCUUCGUCUGCUGCACUUACAGCCUGUUCCACACAGCAACACCACGUUCCCCAAACUACCCUUACCACCGUCCUCCAGAUCCACUCCUAUCAUUGCAGUUCCGAUUGGAGAAGCACCAAUGAUCAGGCUUCUACAUCUAGAUUCUGGACCACAAAUGAAGUUUCCCAAAGAAGCUCCUGCAGCCCAAAUGACCCGUCUCAUGUCCAUGGAGGAAUUGACAAGUUCAGUGUUCGGGAGGGAGAAUGCUGAAAAGGCUCACCUGCGGUUGCUCAGAGUAGACCGACCUAUUGAAAGCACCGGAAUGGCUACCACUUCUCCCAGCUCUAUCUCCAGCAAGAGGCAGAAGAGGAGAGAGGAGAAGUCAGAGAGGGCAAGAAAAACAGAGGUCACAUUCAGACCAAAUGAGUCCAUCAUCCCUUCACAAGAGCCAACAAAUGAGCCGGAACACGACGAGCCUGCAGCUGCUGACAAGAUCACCCCCGGACAAGAUGUUCCUAAUUUUGCUCAAUUCGGGUCCUUUGAUUCUUUGCUGACUGGUCAGAGAUUAUUGGACAGGGCCAUAUCCACUUCAGCUGAGCUCCAUGCCUUUGCUUCCACAUGUAAAAGACCAUUAGAGUGCCAUGAUGCUUUCACUAAUACAGACCCUGCUUGUCCUCCCACACUGGUGGAUAAAGCGGUGUCUGCCUCUGGGACUGCUAGCAGCCCGAAAUCACGAGGUUCAGGGAAUCAGCAGUUUUGCAGUGAGGGCCUUAUUCGAGACACAGAAGAGACCCAACAGGAGCAAAGGUGGAAUCUGGGUCUGGAUGGACGCCAGUUCAUAAGUGUCUUGGAUCUAGAAGACAGAGCCCUUCAUCAGGACUUACCGCCCUGUCUCGGCCCAGGAGCACAAGAUGUUCCUUCUGUCCGCCCUUCUUCACCUACUUCUGCUCAGCUGCAUGUUCUCGCUACUUCUGUAAUUAGGAGUCAUGCUGCUGCUGAUCCACAACCCUUAGUCACAAUUCCAGAGGAUCGCGACUGGAGGACACACACAGAUAUCCCUAAGGAGUCGCCAUCACUCAGCCAAAUUGAGUCCAACAGGAAUCCAGAAAGAAUCCUUCAACAAGAGAUGAUAGAACCAUCUGACUCUGAAAUCUGUCAAGCCAUAAAGACCCAGAGCGUUGGACCUCACAGUGCUUCAUCCACACCUCCUACAGUCUGGUUCUCCUCCCGCCUGUCAGAGCUGGACGCUCAGUUGGCUGCUCUACAGAACAUUGCAGACUAUCUGGAGAUGGACUUCUCCAACUCCAGGAUGCUGGUGAAUACUAUUGAAACGCUCACACCAGUCUUGGCUCCCGACGUAAAGACUACGACGGCAGUGAAAAAAACUGUCAGACUGUCUGUCCCACAGGAAGCAUGGUUACCACGACUGGACACUUUGACUGAACCAGAUGACAGUGAAGAAGAAAAAGAAAAUCAGGAAGAAGAAAGUGUGCUUCACAAUGAACCCUGGGCUUAUCAAAGAGAGCCAUAUUUUUGUAAUUCUUCUUCUUCUUACAGUCGAAACGCUGUUCCCUCCUACCAUCACACCCCUCCAAAAAUGAAAGAUCAGCUGGCUGAAGCAUCUGGAAGAUCUCCUGUCUGGGCAGAUGAGAAUCUGGGUCAGACUGGGCUAUCCGAUACAGCAGAAAUCUUAGACGAGUUGGUUAGGGAAGGGUAUUUAUCCCUGACUGACCUGGAUCUGUCUAAUGCACAGACUGCAAAGCCUAGCAGCAGGUUGGACCAGCAGCAGAGUAGCUGGAUGUCGCAGAAACGUGUCCUUCCGGAGGAUGAGAGGAGAGAGCUGAGGAUCUGGAUGAGAAGGAAACAGAGGGAAAGUCUGGCUGUGUAUCAAAAACACAAGGAGAGCCUGAGGGAGAGGGAGCGCAAACCUUUUUCUACCUCCGGAAAAGUGAAAUCAACAAACAAGAAUCAAGCUACCGUUUGGAGAACCAGAGAGGAAAAGGAAAAGUUCAUGCUUCUGGAGCAAUACAACCAGAGGACCCGUGAAGCCUGUUCUUUGGCCAGUGACCUUCCCACCACUCGUCCAACCCUUCGUACUUCUUCACAGACUGAAGGUUUACCAGUGCCCUUAACUACACGACCCACCUCCGCUCCAGCCUCUGGUAGCGCUCACAGGGCAUACAGUGUAUCUGCCAAGGAUAAAAUAAGUUCUAAGUCAGGACAAGCUCAACCCAACCUUCGUCCAUGGACUGCUGAGAUGCAGGGACGGCCUUCAGAGGAUCACCGCAGGAAACUGGGACUACAUAGACCAGUUACCUCUCUGCCAGGGGACCGUCUGUCUCAUGUGACCAGGCGUGGCAUGCUCACAUACACAAAGAGCCACACUGAAUUGCACACAGCCAGCCAGCGUGAAGAACGGCAUGUCGGACACCAGAGAGAGACGGGGCUCAACAAAGGUCCUUCAAGAGGGACCGCUGUCGGAAGAGGGAUCCUGAGGGAGCAGGCCAGGGUGGAAGAGAGAGAAGAGGUGAAUCGUUGGGAGCCCACUUCAGCGUUGGAGGAGUCUAACAUAGAUUUUGCUGGACUGUUGGAUGAGCAGGAUGAUGGUGCCACAGCUGGUGCAUCAGCGAUGGACUGGCUGGACCACCUUUCUGACAGCGCCAAUAGCAGCCUCAGCAAAAUAGACUGGGCAGCUAUCGAGAGGAUUGUGGCUGCAGAGGACGCUUGAGCUUAAGUAGAUGACAUAUUACUGAAAAGAAAGUCCAAGAUUUGAUGUGCCUUUUGAUUAUUGCGUAAUUCAGAAGCAUUUUAAAGUAUGAUAUCAAUUAUAAUUUAUAUAUUUCUAAUAGAUUAGAUAUGAUCAGCAGUGAUAAAUAUGUCUUGUAAAUAUGUCAUGACAGAUUGAUUUUUUUAUUGGUAAAGUAGGCCUACAAGUCAUUUUCAUAUAUCAUUUGUAAUAGAAUAGUUGUUGCACUGAAAUCUGAAGUGAUCUUUUCUGCUUGAAACUUUAGGUUUGUGGCAUUUUGUUUGUAAAGUUUUCUACAUUUAUAAUUUAUUUUUGUCCCAACUAUUAAAUAUCUAUAUUUAAGCAUU